AUGAGUUCCAACCAUGGGCGGAUAUGUAUUUAUAUUAGGUUCUUCAAGAAAUGCCGCCGAGGAAGAAAGCCGCCUCCUCCACCGGAGGGUCGAAGAAAUCAAAUCAAAUUCAACACCAAUCCUCUGAAAAAACCCUCCAAAUUUGGCAUCCAACAUUUCUUCGAACGCCACACUCAAAACUCUUUAUCUCAAAACCCUCAAAAACAGCAACCCGCCAUUGCAAAAGUAUCCUCAGUUGAUGUCGGGCCGGAUCCAGUAAGACUAAACGAACCGGUUGCCAGUACGACUGCUGCUGGUAGUUCCGAUUCCCUGAUAAACCCUAGGAAUGAUUUGGGUUCGGGGGAUGCCAAUAAAGAAGGUAACAAAAAUGCUUCUCAAAGUACACCUAUUGAGGAGCUUAUAUCGGUUGUUAGGAGUGAUGCUAGUGGAAAUCAGUUGGAGGUUUCACCCGAGUUCUGCAAAUCUGUUUCUCGCAAACGAAUAAAGUUUUCCCCUGGGAUGUUGAUAGACCAAAGCCAGGAUGAUGGAGGUGAUGAGGUCACAUGGAGGAUUUCACCAGUAAAUGAGCGACUUCAUGCAUUAACAAAGAAUUUAGUGGAUGUGCGAAAAGUAUUAGGAGAAUCUUCAAGGUUCAACAUCAUGAAAUUCAAACAAAGUUCUGAUAACAAGUUAUCUCCUUGCUCAGCUGUCAAGCUAGAAAGAUUGCUUUCUUCUCCUCCUUUGAAAGGGGCUGAAAAUUCAUUGAAGUUCAUAAAAGGGAUAAAUUUGGAAAAACGUAACCUUGAGCAAGAUUUGAUUUCAUAUGGUAGUAAUGAGAAAGCAAUUGAUAAGCAUAAUGUGGACUUUAGGAGUCCUUUUAAGACUCCACCAUCAUGCCACGAUAAGAAUGCUGAUAGUGUUGAUACUAAUGGAGAAUCAACUCAGUUGGGUUCAAAGCAACACAAAAAGGCAUUGCUAGAACUUCUAGAUCAAGUAGAAGAUGUAAUAUGUGUUGAAGAUCAAGUAUGUACAGACACCAAAACUUCAUUAAAAUCAUAUCAAAAUAAACACAAUAAUCGAAUACAUGUGGAAAGAACAACAAUGGGUUCAACAGAAAAGGUCAAGAUAGAGCCUUUUAAUGUCUAUUUUCUUGUUUUUGAGGUAUCAGAGAAACAGUUUGUUGGAUCAAAUGGCUCCCAGUGCUCUUCAAAGGUUUUAAGGCUACUGAAUGAGCAAUGUGGAGAAGAACGGUCUGUUUGUUUGUCAGAUGAGUGGUUUUAUAGUGUGAUAGCACCUGGUGAUACUGUACAUGUUAUUGGUGAAUUCAAUGAUGAGGGAAAAUGUGAUGUGAAUCAUGACAAAGGUUAUUUAAUUGUUCACCCUGAUAUAUUAGUGUCUGGAACUCGGGUAGCUGGUAGUUUCAGCUGUCCACGUCGCACUGUUCUUGAUGAGAGAUUAAAGAGCAAUGAACAGUCAGCUGCAGCACUACUUGGGACCUUACUUCAUCAACUAUUUCAGGCUGGACUUGUUAAAGAAACUCCAAGCAAAGUGUUCCUUGAGGAGUAUGCAAGAAUCUUGCUUCAGAAGAAUUACGAGAGUUUGUAUGCUUGUGGAGUAUAUGAAGGUGAUGUUCACAAGACCAUGAUUGAGGCAAUCCCAAAGUUAUUAAAUUGGAUCUUACUCUUUCGCGAUUCACAGGGCCCUAUGAAUCCUAAUGUUGAUUUUGGCUCUAGUGAUGGACUUAAGAAGAUGAAAAUAACUGAGGUUGUUGAUAUUGAGGAAAUGGCAUGGGCUCCAAAAUACGGAUUGAAAGGAGUCAUAGAUGCAUCUAUGCGUGUAAAAGUUACUUCCAAAACUAAUGAAACCAGUGAUUUCAUCAUGCCUCUAGAAUUCAAAACUGGAAAAGCAACAAAUGGGCAGGCAGCCAUGGAACAUAGUGCUCAAGUCAUGUUGUACACUCUCCUCAUGUCUGAAAGGUACAAAAAGAAUAUAGAUCAUGGUCUACUAUACUAUCUCCACACAGAUCAAACACAGGGAAUUGCUGUUAAAAGAUCCGAUUUAGUGGGGCUAAUUAUGAGGCGUAAUGAACUUGCAAGUGAUAUUUUGAAAGCAUCAAUGGUGCAACAGCUUCCACCAAUGUUGCAGGUCCCAAACAUGUGCAAAAGUUGCAGACACCUUAAUGCUUGUACAGUCUACCAUAAGGCACACAAUGGAAGUGUUGAGGGAAGUGGAUUAGGUGAUGUUUACACUUCACUUGUGAGCCAUUUGACAACUGCUCAUUGUAUCUUUCUUAAGAAAUGGGAAAGGUUGAUUGAUUUAGAAGCAAAUGAACUGGAGGUUGUGAAGAAAGAUAUGUGGGGCUCACAAAGUUUGAAAAGUCAACAUUCAAGUACAUGUCUACCCUCCAUUGUUCUUGACACUUCAGAUCAAAUUCCACUGAAAAACUUCACUCAAGGAAACCGAUUUGUUUAUCGCUUUGUAAGGCAUGAUGUGGAUGAUUCAAAUCUUUCAUCUUCAGGGAAUGAUUUGGAAUGCUCUCUUAAAACCGGGGACUAUGUGAUCUUGAGCACUGAUCCUGAACGUCUUGUGGUUGCAAGAGGUGUCAUAAUGGACAUCACUCACACCAAUGUCACUGCUUCUUUCUUAAAGCGCUUAAGGCUUCCAGGGAGUAGUCCUUCUAGAAUCAUCCAUGAUCUUUGUCAAGAGGUUUGGCGGAUUGAUAAAGAUGAAUUUACAGCAUCAUUUGCAACAAUGAGGUUCAACCUCAUUCAAAUGUUUCUACAAGAUGAUAGGAGUUCACAUCUUCGAAGCAUGAUUGUGGACCUUCAUGCUCCUCGAUAUGAUGGUGGUUGUAUAUUCAGUCAAGAUCCUGCUGUAUCAUACAUUUGGUCAGAGAAGACUUUAAAUGAUGAUCAACGCAAAGCAAUACUAAAGAUACUUACUGCUAAGGAUUAUACACUUAUCCUAGGAAUGCCAGGCACAGGGAAGACUUCCACCAUGGUUCAUGCUGUGAAGGCAUUGUUGAUGAGAGGUGCCACCAUUUUGCUCACUUCUUACACAAACUCAGCUGUUGAUAAUUUACUUAUCAAAUUAAAAUCUCAGGGCAUUGAUUUUAUACGUAUUGGUAGAGAAGAAGCUGUGCAUGAGGAAAUCCGUGGCCAUUGCAUUAAUGCUGCUGAUAUGCAAAGCACCAAAGAUAUUAAGGUGAGAUUGGAUGAAGCCAAAGUGGUUGCAGUUACAUGCUUAGGGAUUACCAGCCCUUUGCUUUGUGACAAGAAAUUUGAUGUAUGCAUUAUGGAUGAAGCUGGACAAAUCACACUUCCAGUUUCAUUGGGUCCUUUGAUGUUUGCAUCAAUGUUUGUACUUGUGGGAGAUCAUUAUCAAUUACCCCCACUUGUUCAGAGUACUGAAGCUAGGGAAAAUGGAAUGGGUGUAAGUCUCUUUUGCAGACUUUCAGAAGCACAUCCCCAAGCCAUUUCAGCUUUGCAAAGCCAGUAUCGUAUGUGUGCACCCAUUAUGGAGCUAUCCAAUGCUUUGAUAUAUGGUGAUAGGUUACGUUGUGGUUCUCCUGAUGUAGCAAAUGCAAAACUUGAGUAUACAACUUCUACUUCUUCUUCUUCAUGGCUUAAGAAGGUUCUGGAUCCAGUCAGACAAGUAAUAUUCAUUAAUACAGAUCUUUUGCCUGCUUUAGAGGUUAAAGAAUUCAAGACAGUAAAUAAUCCACUUGAAGCAUACAUAAUCACAGAGAUAACUGUGAAAUUGACUUGUCAAGGCAUCAAGGGGGAAGAUAUUGGUGUUAUAACUCCUUACAAUUCUCAGGCCAAUCUCAUUAAACAGUAUCUUCCAAAAUCAGUGGAGAUACAUACCAUUGACAAAUACCAGGGAAGGGAUAAAGACUGUAUAUUGGUGUCAUUUGUAAGGUCAAGCAAUAAUCCAAAGAAUUGCAAAUCUUCACUACUUGGGGAUUGGCACAGGAUCAAUGUGGCCCUUACACGUGCCAAGAAAAAGCUGAUUAUGGUUGGGUCAUAUAGAACACUGUCGUAUGUUCCAAUACUGAAGCUUUUGAUGGAGAAAGUAGAAGAAUCUUCUUCCUCUUCCUCUUCCAUGUUGAAUGUAAAUAAAAUGGACAUUGAUAUAAAUAUUAACAACCAAAAAGGAGAGCCACAGCUCAAGAGGUGCUCUCAGUUAAGAUGACUGUAGAUUAUUAUUAUUGUUAAUUUGUAUUUUGUACCCAUUAAUUACACUUGCACUUGUUUGUACAAUGGAAACUGGUUAAUACAAAAUAAAUUAUCAGGAA